AUGAAGUUCUCCACAAUUUCAGCUUUAGCUUCAUUAACUUCAUUAGUUACUGCUGCUUUACCACCAAUCAAUGUCACUGGUAAUGCUUUUUGGAACACUGAAACUGGUGAUCGUUUCUAUAUAAGAGGUGUUGAUUAUCAACCAGGUGGUUCUUCAAAUUUAACUGAUCCUUUAGGUGAUGAAUCAAUUUGUAAAAGAGAUAUUGAAUAUUUUAAAGAAUUAGGUAUUAAUACCAUUAGAGUUUAUUCUAUUGAUAAUGAACAAAGUCAUGAUGCUUGUAUGGAAGCACUUGAUGAUGCUGGUAUUUAUUUAAUCCUGGAUGUUAAUACUCCAAAAGCUUCAAUUUCAAGAGCAAGUGCUAAAUGUUCAUAUAAUGUUAAAUAUUUACAAAAUGUCUUUGCAACAAUUGAUGAAUUUGCUCAAUAUGAUAAUGUUCUAGGUUUUUUCGCUGGUAAUGAAGUUAUUAAUGAUGAUAAAUCAACUGCUACUGCAACUUAUGUUAAAGCUACUGUUAGAGAUAUGAAGAAAUAUUUAAAAGCUAGAGGUUUUAGAGCAAUCCCAGUUGGUUAUUCUGCUGCAGAUGUUGAUGAAAAUAGAUUACAAGCUGCUGAAUAUUUCAACUGUGGUGAUGAUGAAGAUGCAAGAAUUGAUAUGUUUGGUGUUAAUGAUUAUUCAUGGUGUGGUGAUUCUUCAUUUCAACAAUCUGGUUAUAAAGAAAAAGUUACACUUUAUGCUGGAUAUUCUGUUCCAAUUUUCCUUUCAGAAUUUGGUUGUAAUGAAGUUCCAGGCUCAAGACCUUUCACAGAGAUUGAAUCAAUUUAUUCAACUGAUAUGUCUGGUGUUUUCUCUGGUGGGUUAGUUUAUGAAUAUUCUCAAGAAGAUAAUAAUUAUGGUUUAGUUGAUAUUGAUGGUGAUUCAGUUACAAAACGUGAUGAUUUCAAUAAUUUAGCUGAACAAUAUAAUAAAACCAAGAACCCAGAAGGUAAUGGUGGAUUUAAUUCUCAAUCUUCAAAUUAUUCAGAAUGUCCAGAUUUUGAAGAUGGUAAAUGGGAAGCAAAUAAUACAUUACCAGAUAUGCCAUCUGCUGCAUCUGUUUUCUUUGAAAGUGGUGCUGGUAAACCAUUAGGUACAAAUGCAGGUGAUACUCAAUGGGCUUGUGGUGAUGAUGAUGAUUUUAAAUUUAGUUCAGAUUCAACAACAAGAUCUGCCACUACAGGUGGAUCACAAAGUUCUGGAUCAUCAGGAUCAAGUUCAUCAGGUUCAGGUUCAUCUGCAUCAGGUUCAGGUUCAUCAGAAUCAAGUUCUUCAAGAGGUUCAGGUUCUAAUUUAGCUAUUCCAACUGUUUUCAAUAUUGCUUAUUUGAUCUUAGAUAAUUUUGGUGGUAUUUGUUUAUUAACUUUUGUUUUAGCUUCAGUUAUUGCUAUUACUGUUUGA